UUUGACAUUAUAAGGUUAUUAUUUGUUUUAAUUAUUGCUAUGAGAGGAUAACUUUCCUUAAAACAAAAUGAUAUUAUUUCAAUUAUUAACAGUUUUUCUGGUUCUAAACAUUUCUUUAGCAAAUGAUUGUGUAAAAAGGACUUAUACAGCCGAUUCAUUUGUUUGUGUUUGUGAUGCUGAUAAAUGUGAUACUUUGGAUAUUCAGAAAACUGUUGAACCUGGUUAUAUAGCGAUUUAUGAUUCAGACCAAAAAACAGAUCGUCUUGAUAAAACCAUUGUACCAGUUGGUCAAUUAAAGAGUCGAAUCGAUCAAACUAAAAACAAUCAAUUUACUUUGAAUGUAAAUGUUACGGAUUUAAAGCAAAAGAUAGUCGGAUUUGGUGGUUGUUUCACUGAUGGUGCUGUUAUCAAUAUUGCAAGUUUAUCAAAUGAUUUGGUUAAAUCUUUGAUGUAUGAUUAUUUCGGUGAAAAUGGUCUUGAAUACAAUAUUGGACGAGUACCAGUUGGUGCAUCGGAUUCAUCGACACAUGCUUAUUCCUUGGACGAUACUCCAUUUGACUUUACUCUAUCACAUUUUGCUCUUGCUGAAGAAGACACUAAAUACAGGAUUCCAUUGUUGAAAGUUGCAAAAAUGUUGAAUCCUGAAUUCAGAGCUUUUGCCUCUGCUUGGUCAUCACCAACUUGGAUGAAAACAAAUCAUUUAUUCCAUACUGCUGGUGGAUUGAUUUGGAAACCUGGAGAUGUUUAUUAUAAACUUUGGGCUCAAUAUUAUGUCAAAUAUUUAAAUGCUUAUUUGGACCAAGGAGUGAAAUUUUGGGGACUAACCACUGAAAAUGAGCCAAUCGAAGGAACCAGAGGACUUCCUUGGGGAACUCUUGGAAUGACUCCAGAAGAUAUAAGAGAUUUUGUGAAACUUGACUUGGGACCAGCUCUGAAAGCCGCUGGUUGGGGCCAGCUCUGAAAG